AUGGCAACUUCGUCUGCAACUCGUCAGACGCUGGAAAUAUUGACUAGUAAACAUGAUCACCAGUUUGCAGUUCCAGUGAAACGCAUCAAUGAUGGGCAGGAUGUCGAUUUCUUCCUUGCCAGCAAGGCAUAUUCGGACAUAAUGACGUUCAUAUUCCAGUUGAAUGUUGCCAUGAUGCCGAGAAAAGAACCUGCCCAGAGUGAGAAUAAGGAGAGCUUUAAGGAGUGGCAAUUAGGCGAUCCAGCAACCUCGUUUCCCCCAGUUGUUCAGAGGCUUGCAGAACUUCUGCAAAAAUUAAGUGCGAUCAUUGACGAGGUUCCACCGGAGAAAGGACCACGACGAUUCGGCAAUAUCAGUUUUCGAAAAUGGUAUGAUGUCGUUGCUUCGAGAAUCUCUGAUCUUAUUGAAGAGUUUCUCCCAGAAGAGAUAUUGGCCGCAGAUUCUCAUUCCGAAGUCUCUGCAAAGAAGGAACUCGAAGCAUACCUAAUGGGCGGUUUUGGUAGUGCGCAACGUCUUGACUAUGGCACAGGGCAUGAGCUGAGCUUCCUUGCCUUCUUAGCAUGCUUAUGGAAGCUUGGUGUGUUCGCUGAGUCGAAUGAUGGAGAUCAAGAGAGAGCCAUUGUUCUAGGGCUCAUAGAACCAUACUUGCAACUCAUUCGUCGUCUAAUUUUGACCUAUACACUCGAGCCGGCCGGAUCUCAUGGAGUAUGGGGUCUAGACGAUCACUCAUUUCUUCCAUACAUAUUCGGCUCUGCACAAUUCUCACCAGCCAUCACCUCUGUCUCUGAUAUCGUUGUAGAAGGGUCAUUGCCAAGCGCCCCAAAUCCAGGAGAUGUUGCAAAAUUAAACGCCGUCCAACGACAAAGACAGCGAAAUAUGUAUUUCAGCGCUAUUGGAUUCAUCUACGAUGUCAAAAAGGGUCCGUUUUGGGAGCAUAGCCCCAUUCUGUUCGACGUUUCAGGAGUACAGGCUGGAUGGGCUAAGAUCAACAAGGGAAUGUUGAAGAUGUAUCAUGGCGAAGUGCUUUCAAAGUUUCCAGUCGUCCAGCACUUUCCAUUUGGUUCUUUAUUUUUAUGGGAAAAGGAUCCUGCUGCCGCCGAAGUCACAAAGACGAUCCACACAAGUAGUCAACCAUCGAGAACUGCGGCACCUCAUGCAACAGUUCAACCUUCACUUCGAGAUCCAAUGGCGGAACCUGGAACACAGACUACCCGUGCGCCGUGGGCAGGUGGGCAGAACCCACCACCACCGGGUGCUACGGGGGCUCCAUGGACAUCAUCACGCAGCGCUCCGCGAGCUACAACUGGGGUGUCAGUACCGAGUGGUCCAAAUCAACCUACAAGAGCACCAUGGGCAGCGUCAACGCGAGCGCCGCCUCCUCCCGGAGGUACAACGGCCGCCCCAUGGGCCCGACCUAGCGGAACUGCGAGCGUGCCUGGCGCAGCAGCGGCUACUCCGGCUCCUUGGGCAGAGAAGAAGCCAUAG